AUGAGUAAUAAUAAUGAAGCUAAUGAAAAUGUAAAAGAUAGUAUAUGCGAAUCAAGCAAUGACAACAUAAUAAAUGAUGAAAAUAUUAUAUCAAUAUUUUUAAAAAAUGUUUUAGAAUCUUCAUUUGAAGAACAUAUAGAAAAUGAAAAUUUCUUAAAGGAAAAAAAUCAAGAACUAAAUGACUAUAUAGAACAAAAUAUCGAUGAAAAUAUUUCACUUGAUGAUAUAAAUAAUAACCAUAAAUAUGACGACGAUUUAGCAUUUAUCAUUAAUAAUAAUAAUACCAAUAAAAAUGAGUUACUUUUACAUAAUGAAAAUAAAAUUCAAGAUGCUAAAGGAAUCGAAGAAGAACAGAAGUUCGGAUAUAAUAGUAUUGAAAAUACAUUAGAAACAAUACACAAAAAAAAAAACAAAAAAAGAAGAUAUGUUGAUAUAAAUAAAGUUAAAUUUGAUUUUGACGAAGAAGAUUUUGAUUGUAAUUCAGAUAAUGAACUAGUAAAAUAUGGCAAUAAGCAUUUUGAUAAAUAUGAAAUUGAAGGGGAAAAUCAUGUUAUGUGUGCAAAUGCAUACGAACAAAAUGAUAUAGGAAACAAUUAUAUUAAUAUAAACAAUGAAGUUAUUAGAAACCUAAUUGAACCGCCUCCAAUACAAUUUAAUAAAACAUUUCAAAAAUAUAAUAAAGAAAUAAGUGAAAUGUUUAUAAAAUAUAAAGACAAUCAUGAUAAAUUGAAUAUAUAUUUAGCUGCGCAGCUUAUGUGCAUAAAGGAAAAUAAUUUUGAAAAUGAACAUAACUUUAUUAAUACCAAUUUUGAUAAUUUUAUUUUAGCCAAAUUCAAUGGAACAGAUUCAGUAGAUCAAAAUAGUAAAGAUUUACAAGAGCUUUUGAUGUACCUUAUGUCAUGGUAUUUUUCUGGAUUUUAUUCUGGGAGAAUGUGUACUUUAAGAGAGUUACAAAAACAGUAA